CAAAUAUAUUAUUGAGUAUGUGGCAACCUAGUCGACUAUUUGCUGUACGAGUUGAAGUGGCCAGAGAAAGUCAUAUUAGUCAACUAUUUGUUAUUUAAUAAAAACACAAAAAAAAAUUAGUUAAUAGUUUAUGAAAAAUGGAAAAAACAAAAAAGGAAAAAAAUCAGUUUUUCGACAAUGGUUGACCUAUGAGUGACUCAGCAAAUUUUUGACCCAGGUCAAUCUCUAAGUUAGCUCAUAUCGAUGUAUCGCAUGCCCGGUUGACCUGCGUAGUUCCGAAGAUAUUUGAGGUCAAACAUCCGGAGUUGAUUUUCUAAGACCCUUGCUUCCGUAGUUUUUGCUAUUGUUUGAUUUUACAAUGUUUAUUAAUGAACUUCCAGAUGAGUGUUUACUCACCAUUUUUGAUUACUUGAAUAACUUUGAUGAUUUAGCGAACUGCUAUAAAGUGUGUAUCAAAUGGAGCCAUUUAAUCGCUGAGCGAACGAGGAAAGUUAAAUAUUUGAUGGUUUCAGAAUUUUCAAAGGAUCCUGACUAUUCAUCUGAUCUUGUUUAUUAUCAAGGACUAGAUUUGAGCACUAGAUAUAAAACCUUGCUGAGCACAUUAUUUUCAAAUUUACCAAUUUUGCACAAUCCAAAUAUAUAUAAUUCAGAUUUUAUUUAUAUUGUAAUUGAACUCUUAAAGAAAGUAAUAGAUUUUGAAAAAAAAGAAAAAGAGCUUGAAAAUGAAACAGAAGAUCUUGAAAAAUUAGAACAAUUUUUCUUCUUAAAGAGACAUCUUAAAUCUUUGAAAGGAAUAAUCAAUUGCUGUGAUGUAAAUAUAAAUAUAGAAAUACUUUGUGAUAAACUCGAAAUGCUAUCUUCCUUUCGUAUUGAGCCAGGUAGUCUAAAAAAUGGUUCCAGUAUAAAGCAAUUGCACACGGAGUAUGAUGAUGAGGAUUUCGAAAGAGUUGCACAUCAUUUCCCGAACCUUGAAAGGCUACAUAUUAACCUCGUUGAUGGUCUCUGGGAAAGUCCAGUACUUGAGCAACUUAAAAUACUUGAACUGAAAUUACGAGCUUGGCACGAUUUUUCUUUGGCUUUCCUGUUCCUGGAUUUAUGUCCAAAUUUACAAAGUGCGCAUAUUACCGUGAAUAUUAAUCACUUUUCGGUUAAUGAAAGAUUGAAAAACGAAAGUUUGCAAGAUUUAGUUAUAGAUUAUUAUGAUGGCCCUAACCGUGUCGACUGGAAUGAUUUAAAAAGAGCGCUCACCAAAUAUCCGAACCUGAAACAUCUUUCGUUGAGGAGCCUAUUUUGCAUAAAAGAUGAACAUAUCAAACAAUUUGUUCCCAUUUUACCCAAUUUAGUACUAUUUGAUAUUUAUGAUUGCCCUGCAGUCACUCAAAGAGCUGCUGAUUAUGUCCAAGAUUAUUGUAAAAGAUAUGGACGAUCAAUCAAGUUUUACUUCAAAGGAAAUCGCGAUGAACUCGUGUCAGAUUGGCCUCAGUUAUCCACUAGAAAAGAAAAAAUUAGUCAAGGCUUUGAUUUCAUGAAACAUUGCUUUCUUAAAGAUUUUGAUGACCUUCCAUGUUUCUUGAUUCCUAAAGAUUAUUGAAAACCACAUACUCAUCAAUAUAAAUAUUUGUCAUUUUAACUCGAAGCCCAUUCGAAGAGCUUGAAAUUAGUCUCUAAACUUCCAUCACUUUAUUUCGCGAUCUGUUUUUCAGUGAAUUAAAUCUAUUUUUUGAUCUUAAGA